AUGCUUUCCUCCAAACUCCUCAGUCUUUCUACCUUGGCUCUACUUCCUUUGGCCUUUGCGGCUCCAGCUCCAGCUCCAGCUCCGGAACCCCUCUCUGCCGCUAAUGCUGCGAUUCAAUGGAUUCCGAUCGACUUCAAUGGCAAAACUCUCUACCUCAAUAGCGCAGCAGUAGUCGUGUCUGCCAACCCCGGUGAUGUGGCGACACGAGCUCUGCUCACUGGCUCCCCCGACUCUGACACCUGUGAUGGCACCACUCUCGACCCGCAUCCUGCUCCUUUCGCCAACACGGCAGACUGUGCGGUGAUCCGUGACUAUACCCGCGGCCUGAACACCUACUAUGGCGUUUGGGACAACACUCCUGACACACACGGUGUCUUGUACUACGGCACCUGUGUCUUCGAAGCAGGCACCCGUAACAUCCAGGAAACCUGGAUUGGAUCUUCGAACAUAGCGGACAUCACUGAGCUUGCCCUCAACAAGUGGCAGCUCUCCCAAGGAAGUGCCAAGUUUCUGUGCUAA